AUGGUGCAGUCAAAAUCAGAAUUCGAUGUUUGGGACUGGCUACUUUUCGGGGCCAUGUUGGCCGUAUCGGCAGGCAUUGGGAUUUUCUAUGCUUUCGUGGGUGGACGACAGAAAACAACUAGUGACUUCCUAAUGGGAGGCCGGAGUUUGCAAAUGAUCCCUGUGGCCAUUUCCAUCCUGGUAUCUUUCAUGUCGGCCAUUUUGAUUUUGGGCACUCCCGCAGAAAUGUACACCCAGGGGACGCAGUACUUUGUGUAUCUGUUCGGACUAAUCUUGGCAGUUAUCCUAGCCUCCCAGUUGUUUGUCCCAUUGUUGUACCCUCUCCAGCUAACAAGCUCAUUUGAAUACUUAGAACUGCGGUUUAAAUCCAAGGCCGCCAAACUAACAGGGACUAUUAUGAUGAUUUUACAACAGAUUAUUUACAUGGGUGUGGCUUCCUAUGCCCCGUCCACAGCGUUAGAAGCGGUGACUGGAUUUCCAACAUGGGCGACAAUCAUAACCGUCGGAGUUGUGUCUACGUUCUACACCUUCUUGGGCGGAAUGAAAGCUGUGAUUUGGACUGAUGUCUUCCAGUCUGUUAUCAUGGUUGCUGGACUUCUAGCUGUUGUUAUUCAGGGUACGAUAUCUGUUGGCGGAAUUGACACUGUGUGGAGAAUUAACGACGAGUGGCAAAGAAUUGAAUUUUUUGAUUUUAACCCUGACCCUACCCAGCGCCAUUCCUUCUGGUCCCUGAUUGUAGGUGGUAUGGUCGGGUGGACGGCUACAUAUGGUGUCAAUCAAGCCAGUGUACAGCGAUACUGUGCUCUACCUACUCUAGCUAAAGCAAAAACGGCUGUGCUUCUGAACAUCCUUGGCGUUACCCUUCUCCUCUGUGUGACCUGUGUAGCUGGGAUAGUGGUGUUUGCUUAUUACGUAGAGCAGGGCUGUGAUCCUUACACUAACAAGGACGUCAGCAACUCUAACCAGAUAAUUCCAUACUUUGUGAUGCAGACGCUUGGUUAUCCGGGGAUUCCUGGUCUGUUUGUGGCUUGUUUAUUUAGUGGUGCUCUCAGUACAAUGUCCUCGUGCCUGAACGCGUUGUCAGCGGUCACAUGGAAGGACAUUUUGGAACCUUUCCUCGGAGAGAAGACAGAAACCCAGAAAACCUGGAUCACAAGAAUUCUGGUUGCACUGUAUGGAGGAGCAGGGAUAGGAACUGCAUUUAUGGCAAUGAACUUAGGAGGAACUGUUCUCCAGGCCUCCCUGAGUUUUACCGGGGCUGCCUCUGGACCUCUGCUAGGGAUUUUUGUCCUGGGAGCUUUCUUUCCAUGGGCUAACUGGAUAGGUGCAAUAAUUGGCAGUAUCUUCGGGUUGGUACUUCCGUUCUGGAUCAGUAUCGGGGCCUACAGCGUAGUGGGAGCUCCAAAUCCUCUUCCAUUCCCAACAGAGAACUGCACUAGUCCUGAAAACUCGACCCUCCUUACUAACAUGACAACGACGACCACCCCAGUCCCACCAAUUGAGGGUGUGGAUGUCCUUUACACGAUCUCCUAUCUCUGGUAUCCCUCCAUUGGGACAGCCACUGUCGUCAUUGUUGGUUUGUUUGUCAGUCUGAUCACAGGUUUGACUCCUAAGGAUGAAGUAGACAGUAAAUACCUGAUUCCCUUCUUUGACCGGAUCUUCUGCUGUCUGCCCGGGAAGUGUCGCCGAUGUCUGCGAUGUUACAUAGAAUAUGAAGACCCAGAGGACAUAAAAGCAGAGAAAGAUAUAGAAUUCUCGGUAGAUCCUGACAGACCAGUCAUCCUACCGAUAAAGUCCGAGAAGUACCGAGAGAAGCACCAGGCUGAACCAAUAGGUGGUAUAUCAUACAAGUCCUUCUAUGUAUCAGAAAACGGGCAAAAUAACCCUGGGUUCGAUACGAACGAUGCACCGCCUUCAUAUUCAGAUGUUCAAGAAAAUGAUGGUGGAACGGCAAAGACAGAGUUAUAAUAAUUAAAAGAUUUCUCUAAACCAAUCAAAAUAUUCUGUGAUAUUAUCCAUUAAUAAAUCCUAUGUGUGGAUCUCA